AUGUAUGCAUUGCCUACUAGUGAUGAGGGUGAUUGUUACUUGUGUGUUCCGCCUGACCCGGGCAUUGAGGCUGCUGCUCUAGGUGCUGGUGAGGCAGCUGCUCUAGGAGCCAGUGCGUCUGCUACUCCAGGUACUGGUAAGUCUGCUGCCCCAGGUGCUAGUGAGUUUGCUCUCUCAGGCUCCACGUCGGCUCAGGUUUUGCACACCUUCACCCUUGACUCGGGUGCUUCCCGCUCCUUCUUUCGAGACCGCACCACACUCACGCCACUUAGUCGGCCGGUUGCAGUCUCCCUGGCGGACCCCUCUGGGGGUCCUGUCCUUGCCCACUUCUCCACUGUCUUACCGUGUUCCGCGGGCCCUUCUGGCACCCUGUCAGGUCUUUACCUCCCCUCGUUCUCUACGAACUUGUGUUCCCUGCGUCGAGUGGUGGCAGCGCGCCGCUCCUCACUCCUCCGAGUUUCCUCCGACAGAGGCUCCGCUGCAGACGCUUCACCUGGACGUGUGGGGCCCCGCGCGCGUCCUGGACAGGUUCACGAGCAUUACUUCCUGCUGGUGGUUGACGACUACUCGCGUUACACCACGGUGUUUCCCUUGCGCAGCAAGGGUGAAAUUACUGAGGUGUUGAUCGACUGGAUCCGCGCAGCUCGUCUCCAGCUCAGAGAGAGUUUCGGCUCGGACUUUCCUGUUCUGCGUCUGCAGUCCGACAGAGGCGGUGAGUUUUCCUCUGACCUUCUACGAGCCUUCUGUCGUGCACAGGGCAUCUGCCAGACGUUCACGCUUCCGGCCUCUCCACAGCAAAAUGGGAUUGCUGAGCGCCGCAUUGGCAUGGUCAUGGAUGUCGCUCGUACGUCCAUGAUCCAUGCGGCUGCUCCCCAUUUUCUAUGGCCGUUCGCGGUUCAGUACGCGGCGCAUCAGAUCAACCUUCAGCCCCGGGUCUCCUUGCCGGAGACCUCCCCUACUCUGCGGUGGACGGGGAAGGUUGGCGAUGCGUCUGCGUUUCGUGUCUGGGGAUCUCGGGCUUUUGUCGGCGAGUUGUCUACGGACAAGCUGUCCCCCCGUGCUGUUCCCUGCAUCUUCCUUGGCUUCCCCCCUGACGCGCCUGGCUGGCAGUUUUACCACCCCACCUCGCGCCGUGUUCUGUCCUCCCAGGACGUCUGGUUUGACGAGUCGGUCCCCUUCUACCGUCUCUUCCCUUUACCGCACUGCCCCG